UCCCGAGGGCCCGCUCCCCUGCUCCCGCCCCCGCGCCCGGCUCCUCCCCCCAGCCGCGGCAGGUCCCGCCCCGGCUGGAGGCACCGCGCUUGGGGAGUGCUGCCCGCGGCUCCCCGGGCUGCGGACCCCAUGCCUCAGCCGCCGCGCCGGGGCGCCCGCGGGCGGAGCGGAGGGGCCUGUCCGGGUGCUGGCACCCGCCCCGGUGCGCCCCGCCGGGGCCCUCACCCCCGGCCGCCCCCCGCCGGCGCCGGGAGAGACAAAGCGCCCGGGCCGCGGAGGGGCACCGGCCCCUCAGGGGGCAGGGCUGCCCAGCCCUGCCCGUGCCCCCGCCCCGCGCCCCGACCUCGAGCCCCCGCCUACCUCUCCGUGCCCCAACCCCGCACUCCAGCCCUCCGCCCCGGCCCUGCGCCCCCGCCUACCUCUCCGCGCCCCCCGGCGCCCGCUCUCCGGGCCAACUCCACAGAUGCCCACAGGCACACACUACUAAAAGGAAAAAAAAAAGAAAGAAAGAAAAGAAAAAAAGACUCGUGGAGGAAUGGGAAUACAUUUCCGGAACACCGCCCACCCUCCUGAGUGCAGACUUUCCCAGCGUUGGAGGUCACCAGCCAAGAUAGAUCACUUGGGCUUUCUGUCCCCCGCUGAGAGCAAGGCAUUUGAUUCUAGGCUUCUUUGCUAGGUUGUUAUUAAUGUGAAGCAAAAUUAUAGUUGUACACGCCUGCAUGGAAUUGCCAAAGCUCAUUUUGACAGUAUCCAGCAAUUCAGCUUCUGAAAUGUAGACGCUGAAUAACUAUGGAUCUGGUGUAACGAACGCCCCCAUCCCGCAAUAAAUGAAGAGGAGAAAAUCAACUUUUACCAGCUGCAAUUAGGAACCCCAUGAAUAAACAACAAAUAAAUAACUAGGUAUAAACCAUAGCACUACAAUGUCCACAUCCUUUUUGUUUCAUUUAUUGACAUCCAUUUCUAAUGACAGAGGUUAUAAACCGAUUUAUUAGGGGAUGUGACUUCCAGUUUUGAUAGAAAUGUAAUUCCAACAGCUGUAGCCAUCCAUGUUCACAUAUGCUAAGAUACUGAUUAUAAACAUCAAACAGUUGAUAUAUGUAGUUCCAGAAAAUGCUAUAAAAAUGGGAUAAGGUUGUACUGGUCUUGAUGAAUAAAUCAUAAUUUCCCAAAUAUUAGAGAUUGUCUCCCUUGGGGUUCAGCUCUUGUAAUAAGGAUGACUUUCCUGUAUGAGGUUUUAGCAAAUGAAGCCUAAAGAAUUCAAGACCCUUAUGUUGAUCUAUUUUUUGAGCAUUUCCAUUCAGUCUUCUUCAAAAGUAUUUUAAUAGGCACUUCCUCUCUCCUUCCAACCAUAUGGAA